UCUUCACCACCCUAACCUUUCCAUCUUAUCUAUCAACAAAGGGAAGGGAAAAACAGGGGAGAGAUACAGAGGCAAAAGAUGGGAAGGAGAUAUUCAUUUCUACUUGUGUGUCUACUUAUUUUGUUGAUCUCAACGGAGACCACCUUUGCCGAUAGCAAGGGCAAAGGUAGCAGCAGCAAGAGCAAUGACAACAGCAAAGAUAAGAGUGAUGGCAAAGGUAACAGCACUAGCAGUGGUGAAAAUGAUGGCAACAGCAGUGGGAAAUCGAAUAAGAAUGACACAUCCACAGAUUAUACGGUGUUGUCGGACGGCGAGAAUGGGCAGGAAAGAGUUCUUUGCAAUGCGGCCGGAAAGUGCUAUCAAAAGACCCUGGAAUGUCCCUCUCAGUGCAAAGUGAGAAAGCCCAAGAAGAACAAGAAGGAAAAGGGAUGCUACAUUGACUGCAAGAAGUGUGAGACCACUUGCAAGUAUAGGAAGCCCAAAUGCGAUGGAUAUGGAUCCAUCUGCUACGACCCGAGGUUUGUUGGAGGCGACGGCGUGAUGUUCUACUUCCAUGGUGCCACUGGUGGCGACUUCGCCCUAGUCUCAGACAAUGAUCUUCAGAUCAAUGCCCACUUCAUCGGAUCCCGGCCCGCUGGCAGGACCCGAGACUUCACCUGGGUCCAAGCCCUCUCGGUCAUGUUCGAUUCCCACACACUCGUCAUCACUGCCAAGCGUGUCACCCACUGGGACAACAACAUCGACGCCCUUAUCGUUCACUGGGACGGCGAGACGGUCCAGAUACCCACUGACGAAGAGGCCGAGUGGCGGAGCAGUGGUGGCGACAGGGAGGUUGUCAUUGAAAGAACUGAUGACACCAACAGUGUGAGGGUGACGGUUGCCGGGUUGGUGGAAAUGGAUGUGAAGGUCACGCCCAUUGGAGCGAAGGAGAACCGGGUUCACAACUACCAGUUGCCUCCGAAUGACGCCUUCGCCCACUUGGAAACCCAGUUCAGGUUCAAGAGCCUGUCUGAGUCUGUGGAGGGAGUAUUGGGUCAGACUUACAGGCCAGACUAUGUCUCCCCGGUUAAGAUUGGAGUUCCCAUGCCAAUGAUGGGAGGAGAAGACAAGUACCGGACUCCCUCCCUCCUUUCACCUCUCUGCAAGCUUUGCAAGUUCAAGGGACUUUCCUCCUCACCAAGCAAUGCCAUCCAGGAAGUGGCUCAGUACUGAUGGAAACAACAGUUACAAACUUCCAUGGUUUUUAUUCUUAACUAGAUACACAGUUUCUGAUUAAUAAGUCAAUAAGGGCUGUCAAAAGUCGCCCACUGAAUCGUUUUCUGGUGUUGCUCAAACACAUUUGUUGUAUUUCAUAUUCAGUGUCUAAUAAAUUCUAAUGAUGCAAAAUUCUUUUUCCAA